UAUAUCAGGAACUUCUCAGAAGACUUGUGUCUUUCUCUGCAGGGACUCACAACUUCUCUUGAGGCCUCCAAACCUUUUCUGAGCAGUUCGCGGUGGACAGAGACCUACAAACUUUACAAGAAAAAGCUGCAUUUGCUGGAGUCAGGACAGACAGGUGCAGAGAACGAGUAUCCAUGGCUUCAUCCAUCCUGGAGAAUAUCAAGGAGGAGGUGACCUGCCCCAUCUGCCUGAAUCUCAUGACAGAACCUGUGAGCACUGACUGUGGCCACACUUUCUGUAAACCAUGCAUCACUUCAAUCUACAAGUCCAUGGAACAUGAACAAGGAGUGAGCCACUGCCCUGUGUGCCGAGUCCCUUACCAGUUUGAAAACCUGAGGCCCAUUCGCCAUAUAGCCAACAUAGUGGAGAGGCUCAGGGAGUUGACACUGAGCCCAAAGGCAGAUCACUGUGACCUCCAUGGGGAGAAACUCCUGCUGUUCUGUAAGGAGGACAGAAAGGUCAUUUGCUGGCUUUGUGAGCGUUCUCAGGAACAUCAUGGUCACAAAGUGGUUCUCAUGCAGGAGGCUUCACAGGAGUAUCAGGAGAUGUUCCAUGAAGUACUGGAGAAGCUGAUGGAGUUGGAGGAAGAUUUUGCAAGGUUGAAAGCUCACAUUGAAAAAGAAAGAACUUCCUGGAAGAAUCAAAUACAGGGGGAGAUAGAAAGUGUCCAGACUGCGUUUAAGCAAAUGAGAGCCACCCUGGACUCUGAGGAGGAGACACGAGUAUAAAAACUGAAGGCAGAGGAGGAAGGUAUUCUUAAUGGCCUGGCAGACUCUGAGAGGGAGCUGACCCAGCACAACCAGCUACUGAGAGACCUCAUCUCAGAUGUGCAGCAUCGGCUGCAGGGGUCAGCAUUGGCGAUGCUGCAGGGGUCAGCACAGGCGAUGCUGCAGGAUGUGAUGUUGUACAUCAAUCAAAGGAUUAAGUUACUGACUCUGAAGCCACUAAGAACUUUUCCCAGGGAGCAGCGGAUCAUGUUCCGAGCUCCUGAUCUGAAAGAGAUUCUACAGUCAUAUUAAGCUCCUGCGACACUGACUCCAGUCAACCAUCCAAAUGUUACCAUUUCUGUACCUUUUGGACAAAGGCCGGUAGCAAAUAAUACAUUAAGCUCAUUGCUAUCUCAGGGAGGCGUCAUGAUGUGUUUACCAUCUGUCAAUUCAGGACUGAAUUUCUGGUAGAAUAACUGGGUCUUGGAUUAAGGGAAGGAAGAUACUUCAAAACCCCCUUUCACUGUUCCAAGUUAUCAACCUAAACAUGGCUCCUGGGUCAUAGGACUGCAGAAUAAAGUUAAGUACCAUUUUUUUCCAGUGUCUGAGAACUCUAAUCCCUGGACUGUGACCCUUUCACUGUCUGUUCCUCCAAGGCCAGUCGGGGUUUUUCCAGACUAUGAGGCUUAUACUCUCAUUCUACAGUGUGACCAACCAUGGGUUUCACAUCUAUAAAUUCUCUCCUCGGUGUCCUUUCCUGGUAAUGUUUUUCCAUUUUUCAGUCCUGAGGGAUGUUCAGAGUCGGUGACAUUUUGUGGGCCGAACAUGUGAACUUUCUUACAUGCUCUUCUUCUUCCCUGCUGAGCCUCUGGCCGAGGUGUGCAUCUCCUGCCUCUGAGUACCCUGCUCCUUUUUAGCCUCUCUGCCUGCUGUCUCCUGGUCUCCCAUUUGGACGUCCUUUACUCACUGUGGGAUCUAUGCAUUCUCUGGCGCUAUUUUCUUCCCAAUCUCUCAUUUGCUCAGGAUAAAAUCUUAUCCCUUCCCAGACUUCCAAAGAAAUGACCAAGUUCUUCUAAGAAAAACCAUUACUAAGGUAAAUUCUGGGCCCAAUCUUUACAACUUUGUUCUCUGCCACUGAGAAAAAAACGAAGGAAAGUUUUCAUCUAACUUUUUUUUUUUUUAAUCGGUACCGAGGAUCGAACUCAGGACUACGUGCUUGCAAAGCACGUCCUUAUGCCGCUGAGCCCCUUCUCCAUUCCCUUCACCUAACUUUCUAUACAUGGAAGACUGUUUAUAAGAGUAUUCUCACUGAAGAAUGAGACUUUAAUAGUAGAAUAGCUCAAUUUACCGUGAUGCUUCUUUUUCAUCUAGGGGUGAAAAACAGUCUGUCAUAGAAAACAAAGUCAUAGGGCCGGGGGUUUAGUUUAGCGGCCCUAUGCGAGGUCAUCAGUUUAAUCCCAUAGAAAAUAGGGUCAGAGAUCUUUUUCAAGCCAGGAAGAGACUAAGUGAUGGGAGGGGAGAAGGGGACAUCAAAAAAUUAUACUGUGUUAUGUAUGUAUACCAUCUCAUGAUGAAUUUAAGUCUGUAUAUACUGAAAACAUGUAUUAAUAAAAAUAAAAAAAUUUUUAAGGAAAAAUAUAUCAAUGAUACUUAAGAGAUUUUGUGUUCAGAGUAUCCAUGUUCAAAUCUUAUAUCUGCUUAUCUUGGCAGUGUAACUUUGAGUAAUGUGCUUGAAUGCUGUGUGUGUUUUCUUGUAGGCGUUUUGUAUGAGCACUGUACCUGCUAACUAUGAUCACUGGGAGAGAAUAAAUUGAGUAUUAAGCACCUUCUGAAGUGUCUCAUAAAUAUGUGUUCUAGUAAUAAUCUAAAAACACAAAACCAUAAGAAGCAGUUCCAGCAGUCAGGAGACUGAGACAGGAAUCAGUGCAAGUUUGAAUCAAUCGUGCCCUACAUAGUGAACUCAAGGCCGGCCUGAACUACAUAGUGAGACCCUCUCACAAAACAAAACAAAAGAAAUAAGAAGCAACCUUGUUCCGUGAAAUGGUCCACACAAAAGGGAACUACAGUCGAUGGCAGAGAAGUCACAUUUUUAGGCUGUAUUGUUAAAUACUACUGCAAUUUUGCCAUAUAUAUUCUUUCUCACA